ACAAAACCUGGGGCUGGAAAAAAGUUCAGAUUCGAGAUUUCCAACUUCUCAGCCAAACCCUACAUUACCACCGCCGACAUGAAACGAAAACUCGACGAGAACGAUGUACCGGUCGUGGUGCAACAAGUUGAAGGGAAGAAGGAAGAUGCUGGAUUUUCUGCCCUAGGUCUGGAUACUCGAUUGCUUCAGGGCAUCGCGAAGCAAAACUUCAAGAUCCCCACGCCGGUUCAGAGCAAAGCCAUUCCUUUGGCAUUGGAUGGCUGUGAUGUGUUGGCGAGAGCGAAAACCGGAUCAGGGAAAACAGCUGCAUAUCUACUGCCCAUAAUUCAUUCUAUCCUGAAGCGGAAACAGACGUCUUCGACUCCAUGCACAUCCGCCUUAAUCCUUGUACCUACCCGCGAACUGGCUGAACAAGUAUUCAAAGUGGUCGAGUCCUUCUCGACAUUCUGCGCAAAAGAUAUUCGAGCGAUCAAUCUUACACAAAAGGUCUCUGAUGCUGUCCAACGAUCGCUACUGGCGGACUCUCCAGACAUCGUCAUUGCGACACCAGCUCGAGCAUCAGUGAACGCGAAUUCAGGUGCUUUUUCCCUUGACAAUCUCGCACAUUUGGUUAUUGAUGAGGCGGACUUGGUUUUGUCAUAUGGCUAUGAUGAGGAUCUCCAGAAUGUGGCUAAGGUUAUGCCGAAGGGAGUACAGACCAUCUUGAUGAGCGCAACUUUGACCAGUGAGGUCGAGACUCUGAAAGGGUUGUUUUGCAGGAAUCCCGAGAUUUUGACAUUGGAAGAAACCGAAGAAGCUGGUGAAGGAGUGAGCCAAUAUGUUGUCAAAUGUGCCGAGGACGAGAAGUUCUUGCUAGUAUAUGUCAUAUUCAAGCUGAAGCUGAUCAAGGGGAAAUGCAUCAUAUUUGUGGGCGAUAUCGACAGAUGCUACAGACUGAAGCUCUUUCUGGAGCAAUUUGGAACGAGGAGUUGCAUUCUCAAUUCAGAACUGCCGGUCAAUUCGAGAAUUCAUGUUGUGGAAGAAUUCAACAAAAAUAUCUACGAUAUCAUAAUCGCAUCAGAUGAGCACGAGGUACUUGGAGAUGAAGAUGCGGAGAAGGUGGGCGAUGGAGAUGAAUAUGCCCCAACUACGAAUGGAAAAGACCCAGCUACGGAGAGUGAAGCGCCAACAAAGAAGAAACGGAAGACUGUAAAAAAGGACAAGGAAUAUGGAGUGUCACGGGGCAUCGACUUCAAGAACGUUGCUUGCGUACUGAAUUUCGACCUCCCCACAUCGUCCAAAUCAUAUACCCACCGGAUUGGACGAACAGCACGAGCCGGCCAAACCGGAAUGGCCCUAUCAUUUGUCAUUCCAGCCGAGCAGUACCGAAAACACAAGCCAACCAGCAUCGAGUCAGCAAAGGAUGACGAGAAAGUCCUCGCCAAGAUCGUCAAGCAUCAAUCGAAGAAGGGGAAGGAGGUCAAGCCAUACAACUUUGACAUGAAGCAAGUAGAAUCCUUCAGAUAUAGAAUGAAUGAUGCCUUGCGAGCCGUCACCGGGAUAGCCGUCCGCGAAGCCCGGACGACAGAACUCAGACAGGAAUUAGUCAAGAGCGAAAAAUUGAAGCGGCAUUUCGAAGAGAAUCCCGAGGAUCUGUACCAUCUUCGACAUGAUGGCGAACUUCGGCCAGCUAGGGUCCAAUCGCAUUUGAAGCAUGUGCCUGAUUACUUGCUGCCGAAGGAAGGCAAGAAGGGUCUUACUGGCGAUGUUGGGUUUGUGAGUUUGAGGAAGACGACGGAAAAUCGGAUUAGGAAGGCCAGGAUGGCUAAUAAGGGGAGGGCGAAGAAGAAGAAUGGAAGGAAGGUUGAUCCUUUGAAGACGUUCAAGGGGAAAUCUCGAAAGUGAGAGAUGCAUUAGCUGUUGUGGAUACCAAUGAAUGAACUUUGAG